GAAAUUACCAUUAAAUUUAGGUACGUUUGGGUAUAUAUUUUAGAGAAGGAUUAAAUUUUGCAUGUUUUGAUGGUAUUUUCAUUGUUUUAAUCUAAAAAACAAAAAAGUUAUGAGCGAUUAAAGUUUUGAUUGAUGAAAUAAUUGAAUGAGCGACGCAAAACUGCAUAAAUAUUGCCUCAAAACUGUAAAAUCACAACUUUUAAACAAACUGUGAAAGAAAACAGCAUGCAACCAGUGUUAAAACACAAAAUAACAUCAGAAAAUUCCAUUUUUACCUAAAAAACAACAAAAAACAAAAAAUUCUAUCUGAAUAAUAGGUUAAUAAAUGUCAGCAACCCACUAUACACAUUCACGAUAACCACCCGCAUAAAACCAACAUUUAUCACCAUGAAAAUCCAACAAAAACAUAUUGAUUCACAUCCAACACUCAAAAAACACGUACCACAUACAAUUUUUCACGUUUUUCAAAACAAAACCGCGCAUGUCAUGCGCAAACACAGCGUGAAAAUGAUAAGCGCAUUUUACAACCAACAAGAUUACAUCCGCAUUGGUAAUUUGCAAUCAAAAACUCAUCGAGAUGCCAAUCACGACCUUGUUAUGUAAAACCAAAACAAUUUUGACAUAAUUUCACAUUGUAUAACUGUAAUUAGUGCACUGAUUGCCGGUGCGUGUAUACAUUACGCAAUAAUCACCGUUAGAAGCAAGCGAAGAGUAAAAACUCGAACCGAAAGUCAUCUACACACGCAACACGAAAAAAAAACCUGUCGGUCAUCAUAGGAAUCACCUUGAGGCGGCCAUUUGCAGACAUAAAACAUUCGACACACGAAAAUUCUGUUUUAGUUACUAAAUCAUCCGUCAAACACACAACAACCAAGCUACAACUCAACAAAAACAUAAAAUUCAUCUCAAAAUGUUAAAAUACGCUGAUGUAGAAGAUCAGUACAAGUGUAAUUCAAGUCUGAAGAAAGCCGAUGUGUUAUCCCUGCUGGAAUGGACAUGUAUGCAACCACAUUUACCGAAACUCAGCGAAUUGGAAGCGGCGUUGUUCCUGCACAGCUGCUACGGCAGUAAUCAAGCGGCGAAAGAGUGUAUUGAUAAUCAUUACACGUGUCGCACGCAUUGUCCGGAGUUCUUUGCGAAUUGCAACCCGGAAUCGAGGGAGAUCCAGGCGAUCUUGGACGCUGUAUCUAUCUGCGUAUUACCAAAAACAACCCCAAAAAAUGAAAUUAUCUUCUACGCCCGUCUCAACAACACAAACCCCGACUUCUACAACUUCAACGCUGCAAUCAAAGUGUUUGACAUGAUUGCAUCUCUGCAACUGCAUGAAUUCGGCUGUUAUGACGGCCAUGUUAUCAUCGUGGACGUCGAAGGGACCACUUUAAUGCACAUAUUGAAGACAGGCGUCAUAUCUGUUAAGAAAUACCUGUAUUAUCUGCAAGAUGCGCUGCCCUUCCGACUCAAAGGCUUUCAUUACGUCAACGGAGUGUCAUUCAUGGACAAAAUACUCGGAUUAGUGAAACCGUUCAUGAAGAAAGAACUGCAGGAGCAGUUAUAUGUGCAUUACGGGAGUAAUGAGACAAUAUUUAAGCAUAUUCCCAAGGAUUGUUUGCCCAAGGAGUGUGGGGGUGAUGGCGGCCCUCUAGCGGAUAUUUUUGCCAAUCAAAGAAAACGCCUCGAAUCAAACACCGCCUUUUUCUCCUCCGAAGAAAAAAAACGCGUCGACGAAUCCCAGCGCCCCGGCAAGCCGAAAAACGCCGGCGACUUAUUCGGCGUCGAGGGCACAUUCAAAAAACUCGACAUCGAUUAACGCCCGCGCAUUUUCACGCCGCGCGCAAACAAAGCGACAAUAAAUAUUCAUAUUUACAGGCGCUGAUUAAAAAAAAACAAUUAACUUAUAUAUUAAUAAUUACCACGCUCUAGCAACCAAUAUCUACCAAUAAUUUCUACGCGUCUAUUAAGACACAAACAAUUAUUAAUCAAUUCAUUAAUUAUCCACUAAAUUGUACUAAACUGCAUCACGCGCGAAUUAAUAUCUUAUCCACUUAGGAAAUUGACAUAGUUGGAAUAUGUUUAUUAAUACUCGUAACCACCGAGGAUGAAUAAUCAAUUGCUGGGUUUCUGGCGUGGCCGAUGGCGAUUAAAAUUUAAUUGCGAUUUUUACUGCGCGCCCAAUAAUAAAUUUCACAGUCUGACAUGUACGUGGGUGAAGAACGGAUGUGGACCGGAGAUGCUGUGCGCGGACGAUAGUUGAGCUACAGCUUCGUGCAAUCUCGCACACACAACGCAAAAUGGCCGCGACUACCCUCGCAUCGAUAUUGUUACUCACUGUGCUGGUGCUGGUUGACUCCGAGCGGAUUUUUCAACGAUGGCAGCCACUGCGCAUAUCCCAAGCGCCCUCUACGUUGAUUCAACGCGGAUACAAUAAUAUUCCAUAUGCAGCCCGUUAUACACGUUUGCCAAGGAGAAACUAUCCGCGUUACACAGCGCCCCCUACAACAGAUCCGCAGAUGAAAGACUUACUCACGAUUAUAUUGUAUAGGUUGGGUCACUUACAGGCAACUGUAGAUGCAAUCAAUGCGUCGAUCACUGAGAUGGACACGUCACCGGGUUCAAGGUUAGCUUCGAUCGGUUCGAUUACUCAACCUAUUCCUGUUGCGAUUGAUGCCGGUGAAGAUGAAGAAGAAGACGAUGCAUCUGUUCCGCUGAUUACAAGGAAGAUUCUUACUGAAGAUGAUGGUGAUGAUUGUGGGGAUGUUGAAGAUGAUGACAAAGGCUGCGCUGUGGAGAAACCUGCGAAAAUUAAAAAGCAGAAAGUGACAAGGAAAGGUUUUCCUAAGAUGGACUAUAAUAAACCACCACCGCCCUCUAUGAACGGUAAUUAUAGGAGUGUGAAACGUCCGAGUAAGAGUAAAUCUACUACUACUACGGCGACGACAAGCACAACGACAUCAGCGCCACCAACAACAGCUGCAGCAACUACAGCUGCAGAAAAUAAUGACAAUGCUGAUAAUAAGAGUGAGUUUGCGGAUAUUUUGGCGGAAAUGGGCAAGGAUGACUCUUCCUCGACUACUGAACAACCCAAGCAGUUUACCAUUGAUGCUAGUAAACUCCCCGUCAUUAAAUCGGAUUAAUUAAUGUUUGAAUUACGCUCGAUUUAACUAAAACAAAUAAAUUUGUUGAUCCAUUAA